GUGCGGCCAGACCGUGCGCAGCGACCUCCCUACAGGUGGUCGCGCCGGUCCCCACCAAGAUGUUAACCAAAGUUCUCCUGAUCCUCCUGGGCAUGUCCAUAGUCCUCCCGUCUAGGAGUGAAGAACCUCAUGUUGAAUCAGAAAAUGGACCCUCUGCCCAUGAUGAUGUCUACGGGUACCAGCCCCAGGCUCCUGAAAACAAACUCCUUUCUGAAGAAACAGUGCCCACCCUUACUGGUCCCUAUCACAGACUUGGGAACCUGCAAGCAGCCACUCAUAUUCUGAACAGUAUCCUGAAUAACUAUGACCACAAACUGCGCCCUGGCAUAGGUGAAAAACCCACUGUGGUCACUGUUGAGAUCUCUGUCAACACCCUUGGUCCUGUCUCUAUCCUGGACAUGGAAUACACCAUUGACAUCACCUUCUGCCAGACUUGGUACGAUGAACGCCUCCGUUACAAUGGCAGCUUUGAGAGUUUUGUUCUGAAUGGUGACAUGGUGAGCCAGCUAUGGAUCCCAGACACGUUUUUUAGGAAUUCUAAGAGGACUCAAGAGCAUGUGAUCACCAUGCCCAACCAGAUGGCUCGCAUCCACAAGGAUGGCAAGGUGUUGUACACAAUUAGGAUGACCAUUGAUGCUGGAUGUUUACUCCACAUGCUCAAAUUUCCAAUGGAUUCUCACUCUUGCCCUCUGUCUUUCUCUAGCUUUUCCUAUCCUGAGAGUGAGAUGAUCUACAAAUGGGAAGAUUUCAAGGUUGAAAUCAAUGAGAAGAAUUCUUGGAAGCUCUUUCAGUUUGAUUUUACAGGAGUGACUAACACUACUGAAACUAUCUCAACCCCUGCCGGUGAUUUCAUGGUCACGACGCUUUUCUUUAAUGUGAGCAGGCGGUUUGGCUUUGUAGCCUUUCAAAACUAUGUUCCUUCUUCUGUGACCACAAUGCUUUCCUGGGUUUCCUUUUGGAUCAAGAAAGACUCUGCUCCAGCCAGAACCUCUUUAGGAAUAACCUCUGUACUCACCAUGACCACACUGGGCACCUUUUCCCGUAAGAAUUUCCCACGUGUCUCCUAUAUCACAGCCUUGGAUUUCUAUAUUGCCAUCUGCUUCGUCUUUUGCUUCUGUGCUCUGAUGGAGUUUGCUGUGCUCAACUUUCUGACCUACAACUGGACGAAACCCCGUGCUUCUCCAAAACUUCGCCAUCCACAUAUUCGUGCUCGUGCCCUUACUCCUCCCCGUGCCCAUGCCCAGCAGCAUCCAGAAGCUUUUGUGUGCCAGAUCGAGGACUCGGAGGAGAGUGAUGGAGAGGAGGGCCCAUUUUGCCCAGCCCAGCAGUCUUUCAGACGACGUACCAUCCAGAAAGCUGGUAAUGGUUGCUUCAAGUGGUGCAAGAAGUACCUGUGCGUGGUCCGCAGUUGUGAGGGCGGCGUCUGGCAGCAGGGUCGCCUCUUCAUCCACGUCUACCGCCUGGAUAACUACUCACGACUUGUUUUCCCAGUGACCUUCUUCUUCUUCAAUGCGCUCUACUGGCUCGUUUGCCUUAACUUGUAGGUGCCAGCUGGUACCGUGUGCACAGCCUCCCCAGUUCCCCAGGAGGUCCCACAGCCCUUUGCAGGGGAGCCAGAGGAAAGCAGCAGCAGCAGCAGGAGCAACAAGGGAGUGUCUCUCCUUCCCCACUCCCCAAAUAUAAGGCUGCAUAGAAUUGCUCUUUGCUGGCCCUCUCCCCUACCUGGCCCAUUCACGGACUCUCCAUGGCAGUCCAUUGCCAGUAGAAUGGCCUAUUACUCAAGAGGCAUUAAUGAUGCUCAGACUUCAUAUCACAGGCUGUCAGUGACUAGCUCCCUAAGACUGUGCCCAUGUAUGAAUAGGUUAGCUAUCUCCCAGUGCUGAUACCCAUUGCCUUUUUCCAGAAAUAAUACUGCCUUUGUGGUGCGCCAGGCCCAGCUCUGGCCGCACCCUCAAAGUGCAUAGACCGGCUACUUGCCUGUUUCUGACACCUCCUUAAAAUGUUGGGCAGCAGUGUACAGGGGAAGGGGACCCUAGUCCUCAGAUCCCAUUAUUAUAUUCUUGGUUUUUUCUUCCUGCCCUCCCUCCCCCUGCACAGAGACGCCGGUAUAAUACUUUCAUGAGGAAGGGAGCCAGCAAUUGAGCUUCUUUGGGACAGUAUCUCCCUCUGCUGCUGUGCCACCUCCUUCUCCCCCCACCACCCCCACCUCCAUCCUUCAUCGGCACUACAAAUUCAAUGCCUUGCAUCCAUUGGGUAUCUAUUUUUGUCUGUGAUAGUAGUAAUGACUCCCUGCUUUCUAUGCCACCUUCUUCCUCCUCCUUGACCCCUGUGACGUUUUCUGUAACUUCCCCAGUGGCUUUCCCAGCCCCGACCCAGGUGCUAGGCCAUGCUGACUUCUUGGGGCCAAGAAACUAAGAGGACUUUGCUUUGCAGUGGACAUUACUGGCACAGAUUGCUGCCGUCUAAAGGCACAAAAUAAGAGUUUUGCCACUUCCUUGGCCCCUGGACCCAUGAGCCAGUCCACUCUUAUCCUGGGGCACUCACAAUCACAAUCAAUGAAUUGAAUUCCCUUAAAUUUGUAUAGCACUUUACCUUUUGCAAAACACUUUUGACAAAUUAUUUCUAUUUUGAGCCUCAUCAUAGCCCUGUGAUAUAUUCAGGGCAGGAUUCUUAUUCCCAUUUUGCAGAUGAGAAUCCUGAGGCACAGAUUUCUAUGGGACUGUGAAUCUCACUGGAAACUACUCAGGAUCCCACUGUCACCUUCUAGACCACAUGACAGGGCUAGGCAGCUCUGCUCACCGUGAUUUGAUUCUAUAGCCUCUGCCAUUGGCAAGGCCCAGAGUGGCAGCCUCUCUUCACCACUGGCCUGCUCAAUUCCUGGGUCCCCAAGACCGAACCUCUCCUGGCUCUGGCAACCCAGUGUGGUGAAUUUGGACACGCCCCAAUGCUUGUAUAUGCUGAAUGAAAUCUGUGUCUGUAUUUUACGGGG